AUGAGUAUCAUCAAGAAUCUAUAUGACGAUGCCACCUGUCAUAUCAUCCACAAUAGGAGGCUCACAGAUCCUUUCAAUGUGGAAACAGGAGUAAGGCAGGGCUACAUCCUCUCAUCUACCAUAUAUCUGAUAGUGAUUGACUGGAUCAUGCAGGAAACAACAAAGGGCAGUAAAAAUGGAAUCCAGUGGACCUUCACAAAACAGCUUGAGGACCUGGAUUUUGCAGAUGAUAUUGACCUGCUCUCGCACAAGCUACAAGACGCUCAAGAAAAACUUUCAAGAUUGGCACCAGAAGCCCAAACAACUGGCCUUAAAAUAAAUACCAAGAAAGCCGAGGUGAUAAAAAUUAAUGAGCCUUCUAAACGAAGACAAU